AUGGCCGCCGUCGCCAAAAUCAAUGACAUUGCUGCACAUAUAGGAAGUACACUAUGUUUAAGAAUAGGUCCAAAGUCUGGGCGUGUCAUGGUCACUGGCGGCGAAGACAAAAAGAUUAAUCUAUGGGCUAUUGGAAAGACUACUCCUUUACUCAGUCUCUCUGGUCAUUCAACCGACAUUACUGCAGUCACACUAGACUGGCCUGAAGAGAUCGUGGUCGCUGGUGCUUCUUCUGGAACAAUAAAGCUAUGGGAUUUACAGCAUGCAAAAGUCAUUCGAACGCUACCUGGUCACAAGAAAGCAUGUACUUCUGUCGAGUUUCAUCCAUUUGGAGAGUUCUUUGCUUCUGGUUCGGCCGAUCUAACUGUCAAGGUCUGGGAUAUACGUCGCAAAGGCUGUAUACAGACAUAUCAAGGACAUGCUGCAGCAGUUUCUGUCUUGAAAAUAACUCCAGAUGGGAGGUGGAUUGCGUCUGGAUCUGCUGAUGGUACAGUCAAGAUAUGGGACAUGACUGCCGGAAAACUCAUACAUUCAUUCAACGAAACAAAAUCUGGUAUAAUGUCAAUGGCAUUCUCCCCUGCCGAACUAGUAUUAGCCACCAUAUCCUCCAAUGGAAUGUCGAACUGCUUUGAUCUACAGUCUUUCGAAUGCAUAUCAUCAUGUCAGUCGAUAUCAAGUAGUAAUCGUGUCGACGAUCAACAAGACGAGGGACGAUGCAUAGAAUUUCAUCCUGAUGGAGCCGCUCUCGCUCUAGCAACUUCACAUUCAUUGCAAAUAUGGUCCUGGGAACCUCCAGAAUGUCAUUCGAAUGUUCCUGCGCAGUGGGGACGUGUGGUGGAUAUGAAGGUGCUCCCAGACGAAAAUAAACUGGUGGCGGCUUCUAUAGAUCAGAACUUUGUGCAUUUAUGGGGUGCCAAUCUAACGAAAAUGAGUCCAUUCAUAGAAGAAUCUGAGGACAUUGAAACUAGAGAGACUGACUCAAAGUCACACACGACUGCUGCUCUAAUGGAUGAUCGCAAUUCUUCACCUGAACGGUCUAGCUCUCCUUUACAGUCCAGAGUAAUGGAAGGUCGUAAACCACCAGAUAGCCUAGCGUCGUAUUUUGACAAGGCAUCCAACAAGCCUACAACAUCGAAAGAAUCAAAUAUUCGAUCAGGUCGAGCUGAUGCUACAGACCCUAGUAUAAGGCAGUCCAGAAGCAAUCGAGCUGUUGAUGUUGCAGACUCGAAACCCAGUCGAAAUGAAACCGCAGAACCUAAUAUGCCAACGAGAAGUAGUCGGGCUGUUGAAGAUCAAAGAGACAUACGUGAAUCUAGAUCAAACCGAAUCGAUCAUAUAGACUUUAGAGACAACUGGGAUUCUCCAACGGGCAGAUCAACAGAUAUACCGUCAUCAGAUAAUUUUACAGAUGCCAACAGCCAGUCAAAGUCUAUAGACAAUACAACGUCGCAACGAGCGCCGUCUCCAGAGUAUACGGAUAAACGAAGUACGACAACAAUACCAGCACAAGAAUACGGACGGAACUAUCCAUCUCGAGAUACUAGAGACGAACGGCCUAUUCGACCACAGCAACAGCAACGAGAAACUGCUGUUGCGCCAGUUGGUAAAAGGGCGGACGAAUCCAAAUCUACGGCCUUCACAUAUCCACAUCUACCUGAAACACGUAAAGCAGCACGCCAAGAUUGGCAACCUCAAGUGCAUCAACCUGUAUAUGAUUUGAAAAAUGACGAGGCUGGAGCGGUAGCAGGACGUGGGAGCAGUACUAGUAGGAGUAAUACAGAUAGUGAUAAUUCUCGUCCGAAUGUGAUUCCCGCUAGUGGUGAGAGACCUUUAGGUCUGGAUAUAUCAAAGUUUGGACAAGCUCCAGAAAACGACCUCCCAUCAUUGUCUUCCGAACUGUCUCCAUCAUUGACAGAUCAUCAUGCAUCCGUCGUAAAGGCUCUCUCAACACGCCUGACUGCCUUACGUGCUGUAAGAGCAGCGUGGACCUCGUCUGGAUUACGAGGGGCUAUGGAUGCGUGCCUCGCAUUUCAAGACUUUAGUGUUUGGGUGGACUUUCUAAAAGUCUUGGCCACAAAACCGAAACUGUUGACAUUGGACAGUUGUUCGCUAUUCCUGCCCGUGCUGGAUGAGUUAUUGUUUGCCGUUUACGAAGAGUAUGUAGUGGUUGCAUGUAGCACCAUUCGCAUACUGGCUCGGCACUUUGGGAGUGUGAUUGUUGAGACACUAGAAUCAUCAAAGCAGUAUGGAUCUUCGGGCAUUGACAUAACUCGUGAAGAACGAAUUGAAAAGUGUCGGGCAUGUCAUCGAGGAUUCCUGACAGUCGCAAGGACACUGAACGACCUACGACGUUCCACUGGAUCUGUAGGAACGGCUGUGAGAGACGCUAUAAGAGAACUAGAGACACUGUCAUUCAGCAACUAG